GUAGGAUUUGCAUUUGCAUUCGGUUUUCGGUUCGGCAUCGGCAUUCAGUCUCCAAUCCGACUAUAAUUAUCAAUACAGCUUCUUUCUAAGGAUAAAAUGGCAGACACUGCUGUGGAAUCAGCUCCUGGUGAUGAAAAUGAUGAUAGUUGGUUGUACGGUGACUCUACUGCGGAGCAGGGUGAGGAAAACAAGGAAACCACUGAAAAGGAUGCUGCAGAACAGCCAACAGAAGCCGCAGAAGGCGAGGAUAAAGACCAAGAUAACAAUGAAGCCAAUAAUGAUGACUCCUUGAAUGACGAGCACUUCGCGGAUGUGGGACAAGAUGCGCAAGACCAGAAUGGAGACGCUGACAGUCAGGAUAAUGGGGACUCAGAUUCAGAUGACAGUGAUGACGUGAAAGUCACUAUUGGUGAGAUCAAAUCUGGUCCCCAAGCUUAUGCUAGCCUCAAUAUUAAGCGUGGUGUUGGUAUAGUUGCUAGCGGAGCAGCAGAGAAACCUCGAGCCAGCACUACUACAGGAGGCAAAGUUACUCUAGAAGAUUUGGAUGGCCCAGGCAGCAUCAAUGGAGUCCCGGCUCUUGAGUUUAACAUUGAUACAAUAGAGGAUAAACCAUGGAACAAACCUGGUGCUGACAUUUCAGAUUACUUCAACUAUGGGUUCAACGAGGUGACGUGGAGCGCGUACUGCGAGCGACAGCGGCGCAUGCGCGUGUCGGAGGCGGGCGUGGGGCUGCACGCGGCGCCGCGCGCGCCGCCCGCGGACCUGCGCCGAGCGCCCGGACCUCCAAGGCCGGAUGAGAUGCCUCCUGCAAUGGGCAAUAACUACCAAAGCAGAGAGAAUACUAUUCAGGUGAUGACGGCGGAGCGGCGCGAGUACGCGCGGCGCGACGUGGCGGAGUACUUCCCGCCGCAGGAGCACUACUACGCGCCGCACGCGCCCUACGACGAGCCCUGGGGCCACCCGGAGCAGAGUGGUUGGGCCCCGAGCGAGAUCAAGGAACUGACACCCGGGCCCCUGGCCCCGGCCAACAUGGGCCCGCCGCUGGGCCUGACCCCCGCCCCACACGCCGCUCCCGCGCCCCUCAUGCCACCCUCGCACAUGAUGCCCGCCCCGCCCUAUGUCUCGCCCUACAGACACCUCCCGCCGCAUUUGCAUGAGAGAGAACGCGAUAGGGAGCGAGAGCGGGACAGAGAUAGAGAGCGGGAUAGAGACAGGGAGAGAGAAAGUAGGAUGCGGGAGCGGGACGACCGGGAUCGCAGAGACAGAAGAGAUGAGGAGGAGCGAGACCGCGACAGAGACCGAGACCGCUCGCGCUCCAUCAAACCCGAGCGGAUACGAGAGAAAUCGUACCGCAGAGAGCGGUCGCGCUCGCGGUCGCGGCGCCACAAGUCGCGGUCGCGGUCGCCGCGUGCGCGCGGAGACCGCGACCGCGACCGCGACCGCGAGCGGGAGCGCAGCGUCAAGCCCGGCAAGAAGGAGCCGAAAGAAAAGGACGACGAGAAAUAAACGCUUUGAUGCCGCAUAAGACGUUCCAGUUUUUAAGAUCAGUGCUACUAUUGCAACUACUUUUUUGAAAAUAUAUUUUUGUUUUCAUUUGUGUAACAGUAGUACAUUCAACGCUAAUUAUUUCGGCCAAUCAACAUCAAUAUUACUGAAGUGGAAUAAAAGCAUUAUUAAAGUUUGGUCA